AUGUAUUAAUUUAGAUCCUCCAUUUAUUAUGAACCAAGUGAUAGCGGAAGUGUUAAGUCAGUUUAAGUUGCAAAUGCCAAAUAAGAUUAAGUUAGAUAUCUUACAGAUUAAUUAUAAGCAGUGAUUAUAUUUAACGAAAAACUAGAAAAAGAAAUUACCUCCUUAAAACAAUAAAAUCAAUAAUUAAAAUAAUCUGUUUUGGAUAAAGAUAAAUAAAUUUAAGAUAGUCAAGAUUCCUAAUCAAAAACAAUUAGUAAAUUGCAGUAAUUUAAUCAUUUAUACUUUUAGUGUUCUAUUAUCAGAAAACAAAAAAUUACAAGAAAUUGUAAUUUCUACAAAUAAAAACUUAAAAAAUUCCAAUUCUAUAGUUUAAUAACUAUAAUAAGAAAAUAAUGUUUUAAAAUAAACAAUGCAUUCAUAAGAGGAAUAUCAUGUAGAAGAAAUGAAAAAAAGAGCAAAUGAACUUGAAGAACAUUACUAAUUAAUGUAAAAUAUCGUUUCUGAUUUAACAUAAUAAGUUUCAUAAUUAUGUGAGGAAAAAUAAAGACUAUAAAAUGAAUUAGAAGAAAAAAAUAAAAUAUAACAAAAAUGA